AUGCCGAUAGAGUGGUUCCGAAGCCAUCGACGUUGUGUCCAUAUUGACACUGAAGAUGAAGACACGUGGUCGCCAACAGCUUUCUCUGUCACUCAACAAAAACCUCAUCAAACUACGCAACGAAACCAUGAUAUUCAUUCAAAGAGUCAUAGUCUACGCUCCAUUAUUGGUCUGGGCGGAUCCGCGCAACUCGAGUCGGACGCUGAGAAGCGACGUCGGAAGUUGUACCAGACGAAAACACAUCGUCGAUUUACGAUUCAUGGACUCUCAUACGAACAUGCUGACAAAGCAAAGUCGAGCAUGAACGCCAGACCAACUGGAUCUUUGCUGCCCAUGGAUGUUUCUGCAUCGCCUCGUCAUGAAAAUUUGUUACGGAAUCAUUUUCAUCUCAAUUCAACUCGAGUGCGUAGCCCACCAACGCAGCAAAUGCUGCCAAAUUCGCGAGAGUCGCACCCAUCAAUCAUUUUCAUUGACUGCCCUCCAUAA